ACCCGUCCUCCCCCCGCGACCUCACUUCCCCAGUUCCCCAGUUCCUCUCUCACUCUGACACUCACGCAGCCGCUCUCUCACUCUGUGCGGCCGUCACAGACUCACAGGCUACAGCCCGUCGCCUUCGGCCACCAUUAGUUUCUGAUUUCUGUCAAUGGGUUCGAAGAUCCAUGAGCGACUUAUUCUUUCCGACAGCGAGAACAUUGCCAUGUAAAGCCUCACGAAUAAUACGAUGUCGGAGCCGUUUUGCCUCUCAACAGCACAACGUCUGUGAUCGGCGAGGAGGAGCGGAGCGCCACUUCUUUUCUUAUCAUAGUAACCGUAAAUCUCUCUCUCCCUCCCUCUCUCUCUCUCUCUCUCUCUCUCUCUCUCUCUCUCUCUCUCUCACACACACACACUUUUGGUUCUCCAAAAAGUGUUUGUAAAAAGGCGGCAGAGCAGGAGCAAUAAAAAGCAUUUGGUGGAUGUAGUGUUCGUGAAAAUGCUGCAAUGAAACUUACAUAUAGAGAACGAAGUGGCUCAGCUUGCUCUGUGUCAGAAACCUCAACGUGGUGCAUGUACCAUUUGAGUUAUGAUUUCAUAACCUCGUGUACUUGGUGAAGAAAAUAAUAAUUGUUUCAUUCUGGAAAUAAAAUAUCAUUGGCCACGUAAUAUUUUCGGUCUUGUUAAUCAGCGUAAAACGGUUUUUGUUUAAUGGUCUGAUACUCCGCCUGAUCGGAUGAGGUACGUGAAACCGUUGAACUUGUUCCGUGAUCUGGUCAAGUCGAACGUGGAAACACGGGGUCGUUUGCUUGGUUUAGAUGUGGGUGAAAAGUAUGUCGGGCUAGCUGUUUCAGACCCUCAUAAUAAAACUGCCUCACCUCUAAGUGUCUUGGUAAGGAAACAACCAAAGAUUGAUCUAAUGAUCAGUGACUUUCAGAGUCUGAUCUCUGAACUUUCUCUGGUGGGGUUUAUUGUCGGCGAUACUUCCAACAAAAUACACGGCUAUGGCAAUACUGUGCAAGUGAAGCUUUUCAUCGAUGAUCUCUGCAAAACGGGGAAACUUGAAUGCUUAAAGUAUACUUAUUGGGACGAGAAUUUUUCAUCAAAGAGCGUGGACUUUCUGUUAAAGCCUCUGGAUUUGCAUCCAGUUAUCGCAAAGACAACAAUUGACAAGUUUGCUGCUGCUGGAAUACUCCAGGGGUACCUAGAUUAUUUUAACAGGAAGAUGAAGUUGGAAGCGGCAGAGUAAGAUGUUUCCAAAUGGAUAUGAUUGUAUUGUUAUUUUCAUGGACAAAUGUACAUGAAUACUGCAUGUACUCAUAACAAACUGCUAACUUAUCGAACAUCUAGUGUAGUGAAGAUGGAUACAAAACCGCGUGGAUCA